CCCUUACACACAUGGGUGUAACGCCACAACAUGGCCGCGACAGAUAAGAAACUCACCAAACCAGCUAACAGAGACUAUUUUGUAUUUCCACAUCCGUUUUGGGUAGUGGCAAUACUCUUCGGCCUCUGGUUAUUGGGGAUCUCCACGUUUUCCCCAGAUAGGAUACCGUUGUUCCUCGGGCCUCUUGGAGACUUUGCCAGACAUCUCGGCAAAAACUACCCUGUUGUGUGUCUGAGUCUGACGGUGAUGACAAUGGUGGUGCACUGUCUGGAGGCGGCGUAUGCAGAGAAGCUGUGCAUAGACAAGCAGCUCAGCAUGGGGGCCUCAGUCAAGUGGACGCUGCAGACACUGAUAUUCGGAUUUGCUUCUCUUAUAAGACUAAAACCAUACUCUCCAUACAAAAAACUCUCUUAGCUCAUUAUAUAAAAAACUUGUUUUAUUGUACAUAUUACCUUGGUAUGUAUGUGUGUGCUUUUAAUUCCAAUGUUGAAGCUCAAAGAAAUAUAUGAUCAUGAUCAUUGGAGUUGAGGUGGAAAUUCAAGUGAUUAAGGGUCCAGACAAGUAAGGGCAAUGGGGCUUCUGGACCUGCCCUGCCCUGCCCUGCCCUGCCCUGCCCUGCCCUGCCCUGCCCUGCCCUGCCCUGAAAAUUAUAUAUAUAUAUAU